GAAAAGUCAAUCUGCUGCUCAUCCUAAAAUCAAAACAAGUGCAAGCAAUUCAUUCAUAUUAAUAUUUCGUAUUUAUCAACCAUCCUUUCAAUUCCCUUCUCUAAAAUUAAAAAAAGUAAAUAAUUUAAAAAUCUUCUCAAUUGGCAAAUAAAUACUACAUCCUUGUGAAGUGCUAGAUCUUAGUAACUGGGAUUCUUCUUCGUUCGUCCGUCCUGGUGUUGUUCCAAAAAACCGAAACGACACGGCUCAGGUUGAGCGAAGGACUAAAUUCCAAUUAGAGGUCUUGGCCAACUUGACAUUAUGAGCGAAAAAGGUGGUUUAGUUUUGCGUCGAAAUGUGGUUAAACCACCUGCAGAAAAUGGCGCUGGAGCAUCGUCGAGUAAAAAUGAGGAACGGGACACAAAGGAUGGAAGGGACUCGGACGCUGAAGACGCCGAUUCAAAAGAGACCAGGUUGACACUGAUGGAGGAAGUUUUACUCUUAGGGCUAAAAGAUAAAGAGGGGUACACGUCGUUCUGGAACGAUUGCAUCUCUAGUGGUUUACGUGGGUGCAUUUUAAUGGAGUUAGCUCUUCGGGGAAAGAUUGAGUUGGAGAAAGCUGGCAUGAGGAGACGUGCUCUUACGUCUCGGAAAGUUCUCGUCAAAAAUGAUUCUCCAUGUGGAGAUGUUUUGUUGGACGAGGCUUUAAAGCAUAUCAAAGAAACGGAACCACCUGAAACUGUUCAAAGCUGGAUCGAGUAUUUAAGUGGUGAAACGUGGAAUCCCUUGAAGCUUUCUUAUCAACUAAAAAACGUUCGUGAGCGCCUGGCUAAAAACCUUGUCGAGAAAGGCGUUUUAACGACAGAAAAGCAAAACUUUCUUUUGUUUGAUAUGACCACCCAUCCAUUGGUAGACAAUGUUACUAAAUCCAGAAUUGUCAAGCGUCUUCAGGAAGCCGUGUUAACCAAGUGGACAAAUGAUGCUCAGAGAAUGGACAGGAGACUCCUUUCAUUGAUUUACAUGGCCUACUCUUCAGAUGUGCUGGAAAAUGCUUUUGCUCCCUUGAAUGACGACGAUUAUGAGCUGGCAAUGAAGAGAGUAAGAGAGCUUAUGGACCUGGAUUUCGAUGCAGAGAGUGCCAAAUCCAAUGAGACCGUUUGGGCCGUCGUAUCUGCCUUUGUAAAGUGAUUGCUAUUAUAUCUCCGACAAUUAAAUUUUAAUCCUGCGUAUUUAUACCUUUCCAUCCUCGUCCCUUCCUUCGCAUCGCAUAGAAUGUUUUCAUCAUUUUCUUGGCUAUUCUGCGAAAUAAGUACCAUUGUGGACAAGAAAGCAGUUCGUCGUCAACAAUAAAUUCCAAAAAAAUUUCAGUUGUACAAUAUAACAUCUAUUAUCAACACGUUAUUUUAGUACAUGUGAAUUUAAAUUCAAUAUAAUCAAUAGUGGUGCGUGCGUGCAUAAUAACUAUUUAUAAUAAAACUUAAUAUUAUUAUUAUUACAAUUUACAUGAUUUUGAAAUUAUUUUUAAAUUUUACAUUCGGUAUACGGUUAGCGGUUUUUAUUUAUUUAUGGGAAUAUAUAUGUAGGUGAGAAUGGGAAAGACAAGCCAAAUCCGAAUUUUUAUUUUGUAGCAUUUUUACACUUGUCUAACGUUUAGUUUAAAUUUUUAGUACAAUCAAAUCGUAACUUAUGUAUCGGAUCACCAACCACAAUGAUUUCUGACUUGUAUAAUGUGGCGACUUUAUUACAUUUCAUUAUAAUUUAAUAGUAAACAGAUAUAUCUUGAAACUAUUAAAUUAAUUAUUAUAUUUCAUCAAUAAUCACUUGCUCUGUGAUUUAUUUUGACUAAUAUCAUGUAAUAUGACAUUUAAAUUUCCAACUAAAACUACAAUUUUCAUACUAAAGUCUGAUGCAUGUUUGAGAGAUAGUCAGUGUGUAUUACAUGUAUUAAUUAUAUUAUUUUAAUUUACUCUUUACUAUGUGUAUGAAAACUAGUUUGUCAUAAUCGCAGGAUUGCCAUUUUAAGUUUAAAUAGACAUUUAAAAAUGUCAUGUACAUUCAGAUUUGAUAGUAAUUCGUUAAUUAAAAAGCAAAAAUAGUUAUAAAGUUUGAGUUUCCAUUCCUAUAAGUUUUAAAUCAAUGGUGCAUGCUCUACAUUUUAGAUAAUAAUGAAGUUAUAUUUUACGACCUAGUCCAAUUAGAUAAGUCUAAUAACGCUGCUGUAUAAUUCCAUCUAUAUACUUUACUAUACCCACUACUACCAACUGAUUGUUGGCGACACUAUAAUAUAAAUACGCUAUCGUCGAUUUCCACAAGAACAUGAUGAGUCAAUCAGGUCAAUGUAAUUACAGAUGUAUUCUGCAUAAACUAAACUACUUUACAUUAAGUGUUUUAUGUCAAUUUGUUACAUCCAAAUAAAUGAUAAUAUUUUAAAACAUGA